UUCCAAGAAGCGCCAGCAUUUCGAAAUGGGGAAGAAUGCAACACCACACGAAUUCACAUAGCAAUGACACUAGAUGCGACCUACCUCCGUGGAUCAAUCGCCGGUGUAUUCUCCGUCGUUCAACACGCCACCUGCCCGGAAAACAUCAUCUUCCAUUUUCUCACAACCCAUCGUCUCUCCUCCUCCCUCCGCCACACAAUCACCACCACUUUCCCUUACCUCAAAUUCCACCUCCACCACUUCCACACCGAUCUAGUCAAAAACAAAAUCUCCAUCUCCAUCCGCCGAGCACUCGACCAACCACUCAACUACGCCCGUAUCUACCUCUCCCACCUUCUCCCCGACACCGUCCACCGCGUCAUCUACUUUGACUCCGACCUCAUCGUCGUCGACGACGUCGUCAACCUCUGGGAAAUCAACCUUAACUCCCACGUCCUCGGAGCACCGGAAUACUGCCACGCCAACUUCACUCACUACUUCACACCUAAAUUCUGGUCAAACCCACACUUCUCCGGCGUCUUCAACCACCGUGAUACAAAACCCUGCUACUUCAACACAGGCGUAAUGGUUAUCGAUUUGAUGAAAUGGAGGAGGCACAAGAUAACUGAGAAGCUUGAAAAAUGGAUGGAGAUACAAAAGAAAUAUCGGAUCUACGAACUGGGUUCGUUGCCACCAUUCUUGCUAGUGUUCGCCGGAGAUGUUGAAGGGGUGGAGCACCGGUGGAACCAGCAUGGGCUCGGCGGAGAUAACGUCAAAGGGCUAUGCCGGGAUCUGCAUCCUGGUCCGGUGAGCUUGCUUCAUUGGAGUGGAAAAGGAAAGCCGUGGUUGAGGUUGAACUCCAAGCGGCCAUGUCCACUGGAUCAACUGUGGGCCCCAUACGAUCUCUUUAAACAUGCACCGUUGAUAUCCGACAGCUGACUUGAAAUUUGGUUUUUCAAAUGAAAGAAUAAAAGUAAAGAGGUGACGUGUGAGGGGGGUUUUCGUAAUCACUCCGGAGUUAACGGAAAUUUUGAUACGGUGGUGGCAGCCGGUGGUGGACGGCGGUGGUGAUAAAUGCUACUACUAGUUUAUUUAGGGAUGGUGUAUAGUUAAUGACAUUUACUAUUAUUUAAUUAUAUCCAACCUUU